AUGCUCUCCUGUGCCCGUAUCUUCCAUACACUCGUGUGUGAAUGUACCGUGGCGCCUCUCGCCAAAAGGCUCGCAGCGAUUAGACUACACGGUUCUAACAGACAUUCGCUAAAGACACUCUUUCCACGACUCUCGUGCUUGUUUGGAUACGUGUUGUUCAGAAGCCAUCGGCCCAGUCGAUUGUCGAUCCUCCCAUUAUCGCGACACGAUCUCGAAGACCACGGACGCCGUGUGUGA